ACGUAGGUACUACCUGCGUAGUAGGAAUAGUUGUAGAUAGGCAAUAAUUUCGCAACAAGGCAAUUAGCAGUAGCAAGGAACAAACCCACCUGCUAGGGACUGGCGGUAUUGAAACCGGCCUCCCUGUAUACGCCCCGCCCUCGACGACCCGAGUAACUUCUGCUGACUAAGCCGACACGCUUACGGCUUGUGGGUCACGUGUUGUGACAGCAUGUGCUGCUAGUUACUAUUUCGGCCCGUUUUUAGAUAUUCAAUCUGUUUCAAAGGAUUGCCGCGAUAUCGCUGCGCCCGCGCUGCUCUCUCAACGGUCCCAAUUCUCUCCUUCUCAACCUCCCUUUCCUUAUUUCUGUCGACACGGAGAAUCCGGGCACGCUGCAUUCUCGUUCGCCGUGGCCGUAUUCCUCUUAUUUCCUUUGUAUACCACUCGCGUGUGUACCCAUUUGUGCGGAAUCCCGAGGAUAUAUGCUUCUUGCCGGCCAAGGAGCACCAUAGACGCGACAUACUUGUCCAAUUAACCCGGUCAUCAAUCUAAACACGUCGCACACCAUGGAUCAAUCCCUGUCUAGCAAUCCCUAUACGCUCAAGAAUCUCAACCUGGACUUCAGUGCCGUCUUCUUGCUGUCUAUGACUAUUCUCGCCUUCUUGAUUCCGGUAGUUCUGAUUCUCCCCCCCGUCGGACUUCAGAAGAGCGAUGCGCUGCUGCAGACGCACACGAAGGCUGGAGUGGAGGGCUCCAAGAGCAAUCUGAAGAGUCAAUUCUCCGCCGAACACGCCCCGCGGGCCGGCGAACCGCCCAAGGUCCAAAGCUUGGCCAUCUACCCCGUCAAGUCGUGCAAAGGCAUCGAGCUGAAGAGGAGUAGGUUCCUGCCCUCGGGACUCCAAUAUGAUCGCCUCUUCACGUUUGCUCAGCUCAAGAGCCCUUUCCCCGUCGCCAUAGAUGCGACGCACGCGGCAAAGUCGGAGCACAAGUGGGAGUUCAUCACGCAGCGCCAGUUCUCCAAACUGGCAAACGUCACCGUCGACCUCUGGCUGCCAGAUGAGAUGAAGCUGCGGAAGCAGUCGAUGAAGUCCACCGAGGCAUUUUUAAUCAUACGUUUCCCAUGGAAAAGCGAUGGCUGGCGCGGUAUCUACUCCGUCAUCGAAGCGAAGCUUGCUCGGGGGCGCGCCGCCGAACCCGAGAUAGAGGUCCUAAUACCGGUGGACUUCCCGUCCGAGGCCGACAUCAAGGAAAGGGGCUAUACCUUUGACCAAGUCCGAAUUUGGAGGGACACCGUCACGGCCCUCAACAUGCAAAACGAGGUUCCCGACGAGCUGCGACGAUAUCUAGGCGUCAGCAACAAACUGAGCCUCUUCAGGAUCGACCCGGACGCGCUGCGAGAGGUUCACCGAUGCGCCCCAAGCGGAGAAGAAGCCGGCUACCAACCUGUGACGGGGUUUCAGGAUGCUUAUCCCCUCCAUCUGAUGAACCUGAGUAGCGUACAGCAGUUCAGUUCAGAAGUGCCCAAGGACGAUGACCUCAAAGAGCUCAACGUGCUAAGAUUCCGGCCGAACAUCAUCAUUUCGGGCGCCGCAGCCUACGAGGAAGAGACGUGGAAACAGAUUCGGCUCAAGCCGGGGAGCUCGGGCUUAUACAACGACGCCGUGUUCCACGUGUCGUGCAGAACCGUCAGAUGCAAGCUACCCAACGUCGAUCCGAACAACGGGUUCCGCCACGCGAAAGAGCCGGACAGGUCCCUGAGGGCGAAGCGGGCCGUCGACGAAGGCGCCCCGCUCAACGGCUGCCUAGGCAUGCAGCUCACACCGCUGUUCGACUCUAGUCUGGGUGAGGACCGCACCGGCUGGAUCGCCGUCGGUAUGACCAUAGAAGUCGAGAAAACGGGUGAGCAUCUGUACAUUAAGCAGUAGGGCGAGGCUGCUACGUUUUGUACUUUGCGCGCCCCCUCCCCCCCUUUUUUAUUAUUAAUAUUCAGGAUGCAAAGGUAGAGAGGAAAUAGGAAAUAAGGGAUGGAAGGAGAGUGUGCGCGACGAGAGUCGCGCUGUAAGUUUGUGUACAGUAGAGAUACGCUCCUCCCUAUGUAAGAGUAGAGCAGAAGCCAUAGGUAGCAAGACAAGAUAAUGUACUACUGUAU